AUGUGUUUAAAUAGAAAGUAUAAUAAUAAAGGUGACUGGGGAGAGAGAAGUGUAGAUGUAUUUAAGAUAUUAGAGAUUAUUGGUGAAGGAACUUAUGGACAGGUUUAUAAAGCAAGAGACACCUAUACAGAUGACUUUGUAGCAUUAAAGAAAGUACGUUUAGAAAAUGAGAAAGAAGGAUUUCCCAUUACAGCAGUUCGAGAAAUAAAAAUUUUACGUCAAUUAAAUCAUCCCAAUAUUGUCAAUUUAAAAGAAAUUGUAACAGACAAACAAGAUGCUCAAGAUUUUAAGAAAGAUAAAGGAGCAUUCUAUCUAGUAUUUGAGUAUAUGGAUCAUGAUUUAAUGGGAUUAUUAGAGUCUGGACUGGUAACAUUUAGAGAGGAGAAUAUAGCUUCCUUCAUGAAACAGUUAUUAGAUGGUCUGUUUUACUGUCAUACAAUGAACUUUUUACAUCGUGAUAUCAAAUGUUCUAAUAUUCUACUAAAUAAUAAGGGUCAGAUAAAGUUAGCUGAUUUAGGAUUAGCUAGGUACUAUGAUGCUGAAGAUAAAGAUCGUCUAUAUACUAAUAAAGUUAUUACUUUAUGGUACCGUCCACCAGAACUAUUACUAGGUGAAGAACGAUAUGGGCCAGCUAUAGAUGUCUGGAGUUUAGGAUGUAUUCUGGGAGAAUUAUUCACAAGAAAACCUAUUUUUCAAGCUAAUCAAGAGUUUCCUCAGUUGGAACUAAUUAGUAAGACUUGUGGCUCCCCUUGUCCUGCUAAUUGGCCAGAUGUUAUCAAACUGCCUCUCUUCCAUACGUUUAAACCUAAACGUCAGUAUCGCAGACGACUUCGGGAAGAGUUCGCUUUUUUGAUGCCUAAGCCGGCUUUAGAUUUGAUGGACAGAAUGCUGGAUCUGGAUCCAUCAAAGAGAUGUACUGCUAAGGAAGGGCUGAUUAGUCCGUGGUUACGGGAUGUUAAACCUGAAUCCAUCCCACCACCAGAUUUGCCUAAGGAUCAAGAUUGCCAUGAACUAUGGUGUAAAAAUCGGAAAAAAUUGAUCCGUGAAGCCCAGAAACGUGGAGAUAACAGCUAUUUAUUGAGUCCAACACGGACCGCCAGUGUCUCUAGUGCUCAAAGUAGAAGUUAUUCUUCCCACGGUGGUGAUCAUCCAUACAAGAAUUAUUGUUGA